GUUCAGCAAGUAUAUUUCAGUCUCUAUGAUCAGCUCGUCCCAGCCAGCCUCGAGAAGCUGCUGCAACUCAGCCAAAUUGCAUCUCCAACCGGCAUGAACCCAGACACCGCAAUCUGUCAAUCAUGUACUGCGAUAAAAUUCCAGAGCCAGCUAUUCCGCUGUCGCGGGUGUGAAUCUGUCUGGUACUGCGACAAGGAAUGUCAGACGAGGGGAUGGAGUGAGAAGGGUCAUAAAGUAGAAUGCAAGAUACUGAAGGUAGUGCGUGGGAUACAGGUUCGAGAUGGUGAUUUGAUCUCCUGAGUUAGGCGAGGGGAAAAGGGGAGGACU